UGUGGAGCACCACCCACCAUGGCCAAGAAGGCGUCCAGUGGGCGGGGAAAAGGGGAACGGACGGACGCCAUGGCGGCCCUUCAGGCAGCUAAUGAAGAGCUGAGGGCCAAACUUACAGACAUCCAGAUCGAGCUGCAGCAGGAGAAGAACAAGGUGAGUAAGCUGGAGAGGGAGAAGAUGCAAGAGGUGCGUCACGAGCAGUACAAGUCUGCGGCAGCAGUGAGCGAGCUACGAGCAAAGCUGCACGAGGAGAAGCUGCGCGAGCUGCACUCGGUACGGGAGACGCUGCUGCGCCAGCACGAGUCCGAGCUUCUACGGGUCAUUAAAAUUAAAGAUGGAGAGAUUCAGAGACUGCAGACCCUUGUGAAUGCACUCCGAGAUGGCUCUACAGACAAGGUGAAGUCGGCUCUGAUGGUGGAGGUGCGGGAAGAGGCACGUCGGGGCUUCGAGGCUGAACGCUCACGCCUGCAGCAGGAGAUCUCUGAGCUGAAGGGGGUGAAGCGGCAGAUGGAGGAGGCGCUGAACAUAGCCCUGCAGGCCGACAAGAUCAAAGCCGCUGAGAUCCGCAGUGUGUACCACCUCCACCAAGAGGAGAUCAACCGCAUCAAGAAGGAGUGUGAGAGGGAGAUCCGCAGACUGAUGGAUGAGAUUAAGGUUAAAGAGCGCACUGUGCUCAGUCUGGAGAGGGACUUGGGUGUGCAGGCGGCUCACACUCGGAAGCUACAGCAGCAGAACCAGGCUGUAAGCGAACAGUUGGCUGUGAUCAGAGACCUCAGCCCAAAGAAAGAGGUUCCAUAUUCACCCGGUGCAGGAGACACAGCAGACAACACAGCUAACCCUCAGUUGGACGAGAAGGACGCUCGUCGUUUCCAGUUGAAAAUCGCUGAACUGAGUGCCAUCAUUCGCAAGCUGGAGGACCGCAAUGCUCUUCUCUCAGAGGAACGUAAUGAGUUGCUGAAGCGUCUCCGUGAAGCAGAAAGCCAGUAUAAACCACUUCUGGAUAAGAAUCGGCGUCUGAGUCGUAAGAACGAAGAGCUGGCUCAUGCUUUCAGACGCAUGGAGAACAAACUACGUUUCAUCACGCAGGAGAAUAUAGAAAUGCGUGAGAAGGUGGGGACUCUGCGCAGGCCGAGCUCGCUGAAUGACCUGGACCAGAGCCAUGAGGAAAGGGAGAUGGAGUUCUUGCGUCUGCAGGUCCUUGAGCAGCAAAACAUCAUUGACGAUUUGUCUAAGGCACUUGAAACUGCCGGAUAUGUAAAGAGUGUAAUAGAGAGAGACAUGCUGCUCAGGUAUAGGAGGCAGGAUCCAACACGCAGGAAGAGGAGUCUCAAGGUUUGUAAGCCAGUGAUUGAGACAUUCUUUGGCUAUGACGAAGAAGCCUCCAUAGACUCUGAUGGCUCGUCCAUGUCCUACCAUACAGACCGAACGCCCUGUACACCUGACGAUGAUAUGAUGGAUGAGGAGGGAAUGCUUAAAGAGGAGACUGAGCUCAGGUUCCGUCAGCUGACCAUGGAGUACCAGGCUCUGCAGCGUGCCUAUGCCCUGCUCCAGGAACAGGUCGGAGGAACUUUUGAUGCUGAAAAAGAAGUUAAGAUACGAGAGCAGUUGCAGGCAGAGCUAAACCGCUACAAGAGCAGAAUAACAGACCUGGAGUGUGUGCUGAGUCAGCAGGGCCAGGAUACAAAGUGGAUUGAGGAGAAGCAGGCCUUAUACCAGAGAAAUCAGGAGCUUGUCGAGAAGCUGAAGCAUAUGGAGACAGAAGAGAUGCGAUUCAAACACGAAAUUCAGGACGCAAAAGACCAAAAUGAACUCCUGGAAUUCCGCAUUCUUGAACUUGAAGAGAGGGAAAGAAGAUCUCCAGCCAUAACCUUCCAGAAUGUCCACUUCACAGAGGGUAUGAGUCCACUGCAGGUGUACCUUCAGGCUGAGGGUGUCACUGACAUCAUGAUCACAGACCUGAUGAAGAAACUGGACAUUCUGGGGGAUAACGCCAAUCUGAGCAAUGAGGAGCAAGUGGCCAUCAUCCACGCCAGGACAGUAUUAACAUUAGCAGAAAAGGUACGAUUUGUCCUCUCAUGGCUGGAACACAUUGAGGUGACAAAGUCAGCAUUACAGCAGAAAAUGCAGGACAUUGAGAAUGAGAAGGAGCUCUUCAGUAAACAGAAAGGAUAUUUAGAUGAUGAACUGGACUACAGGAAACAGUCGAUGGAUCAGGCUAAUAAGCGGAUCCUAGAGCUGGAGGCCAUGCUGUUCGAUGCGCUCCAGCAGGAAGAGGCCGGCGCUAAAGUGUCGGAGUUGCUCACAGAGGAGGAACGUGAUUCGCUGAGGCGAGCCGUCGAUCAGUGGAAGAGGCAGGUGCUUAGUGAAUUACGGGAAAAGGAUUCCCAGAUACUCAGAGAGAGGAUGGAGCUGCUACAACAUGCUCAACAGAGAAUAAAAGAGCUGGAGGAAUGGAUUGAGGGACAGAAACGACAGAUUAAAGAAUUGGAAGAAAAGUUUUUAUUUUUAUUUUUAUUCUUUUCUUUAGCCUUCAUUCUUUGGUCAUAAUUCUUCCAACAGACCAGAAAUG